AUGAAGAUUCUUACAUGGAACAUUAGAGGCAGUGGUGAUAAGGAGAAAAGAAGGGCUAUUAAGGCAACUUUAUGUAAACUCAAUCCAGAUAUUAGAAUAAUACAAGAAGUCAAGAAGGAAGUCGUAGAUAGAAAUUUUGUGGGAAGCAUAUGGAGAUCAAGAUUUAAAGCAUGGAUCCUUCUCCCAUCUAUUGGGAGGUUGGGGGGUACGUUGUUGAUAUGGGACACUAGAAGUAUCACAGUGUUGGGCUCAAUGAUAGGAGAGUUCUCUAUAUCAGUGCUAAUUAAAACAGAAGAAAAAGAACCUUGGUGGUUCUCGGGUGUUUACGGGCCUUGCUCAUAUAAAGCAAGAUCUGACUUUUGGGAUGAGAUGGCGGGCCUUAGCUCAAUUUGUGGGGAAUCUUGGUGUAUAGGGGGUGACUUCAAUGUAGUCAGAAGCGUACAAGAAAAGCUGAACAAUAAUUCAUGUACGAGGAGUAUGAAGAUUUUUGAUGAAUUAGUGAAUGUGUUGAGAUUGAUUGACCCUAAACUUAACAAUGGAAGAUUUACGUGGUCAAACUUUCGAGAAAAUCCAAUCUGUAGCAGACUAGAUAGAUUCUUGUUUACUAACAAGUGGAACAUCGCCUAUCCAUAUGUCAGACAGGAAAUGGCAGUCAGAGUAGUUUUAGAUCACAGUCUGGUAAUACUUGAUUCAGAUCCACCGAAUUGGGGCCCUUGCCCCUUUAGAUAUGACAACCAAUGGUUGGAACACAAGUCUUUUUCCAAGCUCUUCGAAAAAUGGUGGAAAGAGACAUCGGUGUCAAGUUGGUCAGGAACAAAAUUCAUGAGCAAAUUAAAGAAGAUACAAGAGAAGAUAAAGGUGUGGAGCAAAUCUACUUUUGGAGAUAACCGCAUGAGGAAAAUUGCUCUAGAAAGAAGGUUAGAAGAUCUAGAUAGACUAGAAGGAAGCAACAGAUGGAAUGAAACUUUGAAUGAAGAGAGAAGGGAGAUCAAGAAGGAAUGGCAAAAGUUAGCAUUUGAAGAAGAAAGGAAUGUGUGGCUGAAGUCUAAAUGCAAGUGGGCUAAGGAGGGAGAUGCAAAUAUCAGAUUUUUCCAUAAUCUGUUGAAUGCAAGGAAGGCCAGAAACACAAUAUCUAGAAUUGAGAAAGAAAACGGAGAUGUGGUCGACAAGGAAGAUGAAAUAGUCGAAGAAUUGAUUGGUUAUUAUACCAAACUCUACACCUCUGAAAGAAGAGAGGGGAUGGGUGUGGAAGGAAUUUUUUGGAGACAAAUUUCUACUGAAUCAGCUAGAGAAUUAGAGCGACCAUUUGAUGAGGAAGAAAUAAGGAGAGUUGUUUUUGAUUGUGAAGGCAAUAAAGCACCGGGACCCGAUGGUUUUAGUCUAGCAGUCUUCCAAAAUAACUGA